GGAGGAACCGAUGCACGGCUUUCCUCGUCCUCAUCUUACGAUAUUCCCACUUCAUUUGCGUUUGGAAGUUAGAGGAGAGGUCCCUGCUGAGGACGUGGAUUUCAGUGCUCUGUGUUGAUCCUGUGGAGGAGAAACAUCACUGAGAAGCUGCAUGAUGUCCAACAACAUGGCGAAGAUCGCGGAUGCCCGAAAGACUGUGGAACAGUUGAAGCUGGAGGUCAACAUAGAGAGGAUGAUGGUGUCCAAAGCAGCAGCCGACCUAAUGUCCUACUGUGAAGCCCACGCCAAAGAGGACCCCCUGGUGACGCCGGUGCCUUCCUCAGAGAACCCCUUCAGAGAGAAAAAAAUUUUCUGUGUCGUACUGUAGAUCAUCAUGUUGUGACU